AUGACUCGCCAAACCAAACUAAUCCCCACCCCGGGCACACUCCCAAACAUCCACAACGACGCACAGAGAGUCUUCCAAACCCUCCAAGAAGGCGGCAUAGCCAUAGUCCCCACAGAGGUAGGCUACGGGCUGAUCGCCUCCUCUAGCGAAGCCAUCACUCGCGCCUUUCACGCGAAAAAGCGUCGUCCGGGACACACACAAGGCAUAAUCGGCAACUACGAUGUCCACAAAGCGCUACAUAUCCUCCCCGAGGAGAGAUUCAAUAUCACCAAGGUCCUAACGCACGAUUUAGACAUGUCGCUUGGGGUCGUUGCGCCGUAUAGAUCCGACCAUCCGCUUUUGCAGGGCAUGUCAGCUGAGACGUUGGAAAAGACGACUAAGGAUGGGAAUAUGGCGAUUCAUGUGGGUGGAGGGUCGCUUCUGUUGGAGGUUGUGAGGUUGCAUUAUGAGGUGGGAAAGGUGCUUGUGGGGUCGAGUGCGAAUGUGACUGGGGGUGGACAGAAGUUUCGCGUAGAGGAUAUCGAAGAGGGGAUCUUGGAGGCGGCAGAUAUUGUGGUUGAUUAUGGGUUGCAGCGGUAUCAUACUUAUGGGAGGGCGAGUAUAUUGUUUGAUUUCGGGGAGAUGAAGGUUUUGAGGAAGGGGGCUUGUUAUGAGUUGUUUGGGGAGAGGAUGAGGAGGUUUUGGGGGGUUGAGUUGGAGGAGGACCCUGUUUAUCCGAGUGAGAAGGGGGAGUAG